GUGGCCAGUUCUGGGGGUUGCUGCUCCGGUUUCGUGUUCGCGAAUCCCUUGACCAUGGACACGGAGCCCUUGAGCCAGUUCGUCAUCCUGGCGCAGAACGCCCAGGGCCGCGCCUGUGAGGCGUUGGUGCGACAGGCCCUGGACCAUGCAGGCGUUUUCGUCUUCGGAGAGCUGCUGGAGUGCGCCAACGUGCAGGCCCUGCAGGGCACGGAGUUCCAGCCGGCCCUGGAGCUUCUUCGGCUCUUCGCCUUCGGGAGCUACCCCGACUACAAGGCCCGGCAGGGUGACUUUGGGGAGCUGACCGCGGCCCAGCUGCGGAAGCUGCAGAUGCUCACCUUGGUCUCCAUGGCCACCAAGGACAAGGUCAUCAGAUUCUCGGAUUUGGAGGCGGCCGUUGACGUCACGGGCACAAGGGCGCUAGAGGACCUGAUCAUCGAGGCAGUGUACCAAAACCUGGUGGUGGGCAAGAUGGAUCAGGAGAACAACUGCCUCAUCGUAGACUCUGUGGCAUGCCGGGACUGCCGGGCAGAGGACAUCGACUACAUCAUUGAGACGCUAACGGCAUGGCAGGCGUCCGCACAGGACAUGAUACGGUCGUUGGAUGCCUCUGUCUCAUUUGCGGUGGCCAGCAACGAGAAGCAGAAAGCUGCACAAGAAGAACUUGAGAAGGAGGUGAAGUUGAUCCGGGAGACCCUGAAGGAGGGGGACUCCACCAAAGCAGGCGGGGGCGGAUGCACGCGCAUGCAGACGGAGGAUGCAGAUGAGGAGUCCAAGAGGGCGAAGAGCACCCGCGGUCGCUGGGUGGGCGGCAUGAGCAAGCACUGACUUCGCGGAGCCGCAUCUCUCGCUCUCUGCGCGGAGGAAAAUCGAAUCGUCUCCAUUGGGUGCAAUGGCCCUACAGUGCAC